AUGGCACAAAUAAAUUAUUCGUCAGCCGAUUUUCAUCGCUAUAGGAAUGAAAUUUGUGAUGAAGCAAUUAUCUCUGCUUCAAGAACUACUGUUCAAGAACAAAUCCUGCAGCAAUGUCUAGAGAAAUUUUAUCGGAAACCUUCAGAUGUUAACUCGUACACAAAAAGUAAAAACUUUGUUGCCUCAUCAAGUGCUCAAGAUGACACAAAUCAUCAGAAUGUUUCUGGUUUGAUGGAUUGUGCUGUGUUAAAGGAAAUGCUUGCAUCCUCCAAGUCAAAACGUACACUGUCUGAAAUGGGUGUCGGCCAAGAGGAAAUCAACAUUUUGAUGAACUUGUUCAGCAAUAAACGGCCUCAACCUGGGGUGGAUGGUAAUCAGCGGGAUUAUACAGAGAAACUUACAUGUUUACUUGAGAAGUUAUCAAAACCGAUUUUAUCUCCGCUUGAGCGCUUCAAAGAGAGUGUUGUCUUUGAAGGCAGACAAGAAUUUGAGGCUGCAGUUCGAGACGGUCUGGUGGGUAGAGAGCUCCAGUGUCAGCAACGGUUGUUGGGUGCAAACUUCUCUGGCAAUGCAUUUGUCAGCAUGAAGCCCAAGAGGCGACCAGCAAUACAUCCUGAGCAUCCUCUGAACCAUCUUGCUGAUGUUGAACAACAACUCUUAGUUAAGAAGCGUCGCGUGCAACAAAAUGACUUGAGCAUUGACUGCGAUAGUAGUGGUGUAAAAUGUUAUGCUUCUGCUGUGUGCUCUGAAGACACCAAUGAAAAACUUUCAGAUGGGAUUAACUCGUAUAACGAUUUGAGUCCAAAUCAUUCGAGGAGAAAGACUCUUUGGGACGUCAAGGAAACCAAUGAAAAAAGUACAUUUCCUGACAAGGAUGUCGUAGCAGCUUUAUGUGAUUCAGGAACAAAGAGGAAAGCUGUUUCAAAGGAAUUUGUGUUGCUUCCAAAGAGUGAUGAACUUCUCCCAGUGUCUCUAAUUAAAGAGCACUGCGCGUCCACUGAGGAAAUCCUUAAAGCCUUCCCUAACCACGUGCGUGGAACCCCCAGUAAUAUUCUGUACUUAAAAAAUCUCCACAAGAAGGUCACUCCUCAAGACCUGGCUUCCUUGUUUGGUAAUUUUGACAAUGGUUCAGUCAGGUCGACGUACAGGUUAAUGAAGGGCCGCAUGAGAGGCCAAGCUUUCAUAAAGCUGAGCAGCGUUGCCACUGCCACUGAAGCCUUGGACAACUGCCAAGGUUUCAGACUAAAAGGCAAGCCUCUUAUCAUCGAGUUUGGGAAAAAAUCAUAAAGGUUUAAUUUGUCUUCUGUAUGACAAAUGUUCGACUUUAAUUAGAUUGCAUAAGCUAUGUAAAUACCCUAGAAAUUAAUAAUUUUGUUGAUGUUCAAGUUUAAGCUUUAAGUUAAAGAUCGUUUUUUAUAAACUCUUAUCAACUGAAAAAAGUGCUCUAAUUUUCAAUCUAGCUGGUCCUUGUUAUCACAAUGUAUUCUGGUGUCGAAUGAUUUCAAAGGCAUGAAGCUUAAACUUUGAGUAAAGCUCCUUCUCUUAGGAAAUCUAGUGGACUUCAAAGAAUCUUUGCUCUUGAAACUUGACAAUAGAGGUUUUUCAUUGUUAAACAAGACAAGAGGACACGGUGUAAAUUUUGAUGAUAUAUUAUUUUCAAUA